AUGCUUCCUAGGUAUGGCAUUCCUUUAAAAUGUGGCAAUUGUGGUGGAGAAGGCCAUAAUCGAAUUAGUUGUAAGGAACCUAGAAAUCCCAAUAUUAAGCCCACUAGGAAGAGGAAAGUUGCUAAGGAAAAACUUGAAGUAAGAAGGAGAGAUGGUAAAACGCAAAGUACUAGACAACAAAGUAUGCAAAUAAGUCAAAGGAAACAAAGCAAGUGGUUCCCAAAGGCCUUCUCAAUCCCAGGCAUCUCAAGUAGCUCAAGCUUCUCAAUCCUAAAAAUCUCAAGCAGCUCAGGCUUCUCAAACAUGUGA